AUGGACGUCGACAUGAACGAGGCCGACGCGCUCGACGCGCUCGCCACAGUGCUCGGACGCAUUGCUGACGACCCUUACAACCUCACGCUCCAUGUCGAACACAUCCUCCUCGCACGCGCCACGAACAUGGACGAACAGAUCGACUCCGCCCUUGACAUGGUGACUGCCUACUGGGCGACCAGCGACGCGGUGUGGCUGCCCAUCCUCGAGCGAAAGAUAGCGGCAAGCGACCUCCAGUCCGCGGACGAUCUCCAAGCUACCCUGGACCUGUUCGUGCGUGCAGAGGGGGACUAUCUCUCCAUUCCCAUUCUGCAGAAGCAUAUCCAGUUUCUCGUGGAGCGGUAUGAAGCCUUCGCGGAGCAGGGAGAACGGCCUGGCGCGCUGGGUGAUAUGUUCUCCGCGGCGUGGAUGAGCGAGAAUAUGUCCCAAAUUUGUUCGCAUGGGGUUCCGCACUUGACACAGAGCCACCUUCUAUUCGAUCUCCGCCGCGACUGGGAGCUGGAGAGGCUGCAGAAUGCCAUGGGUGAAGAAAAAGCUUCGCUGGUGGGCUUAGUAGAGAAUAUGUUGCUGGAACGACUGACGCAGCCUCAUUCCAACCACGAUGAGACCUUUCAAGCAUAUUCAUCGUUCACGACCAGCUAUAAGUCCGAGGAUGAGUACGAGUCACUUCUCGUGAGUGCCUCCAAGUCGCGCGCGCACGCCGUGAAGGCGUACCAAAAGCGGGAGAGCAUGGAGACGUCACUUGCACAAUCCGGCUUCUCUCUUGCAGGUUACGCUUACUACCUCGCCUUUGAGCGGCGUGCGAAGAAGCCCGAUAUGCUCGUCCUCAAGGGCCUCUACGAGCGAGCAAUCGCCGAAGCCGAUAAACGUCGCUUCUCCGGAGAUCCAGCCGCGGAGCCGGCACUGCAGUCGUUCUGGACAGAAUAUGUGGGCAUGUUGCGAUCGGAAGACGUGGACGACGACGAGGUCCGAGCGACAUCCAAGAGGGGCCUCCGGAGCGUCCCUGCGUCAGGAGAGCUUCUAGCUUGCUAUAUGCGCUUCUUGGAAGCAUCACAAGAUGACGAAGCGGCGACAGAAAUUGCUGCUGUAUACGUGAAGUCGAAGACGGUCGGACCGCUACAAUCCGACGUCGAGCAGCUAGUCACGACCGUGAUAGCUCGAGCGAGCUAUGAGUGGAGACUUCUCCAAACCGCUGAGGAUGGCGUCGGUUUCGAGUCCUUGGAGGAAAUAAUUAUGGAGGGCAUCUCGCGUAUCAGAAAGGCAUCGCCCACGGGUGAUACCAGAGUCCGGGUGGAGAAGCUUUUUUCAUCCAUAUGCCUAGUACUAGACGAUCCAGGAGACCGAUCCGUGCAGCUAUGGAAAGACGCAGUCAAGUUCUACAAGACAAGCUACUUAGCCUGGUUGGCGUACACUGACGUGCUGGCCAAGAAGAACCUACAUAGUGAGGCGCGGACAGUAUUCAAGGACAUCGCGAUGAAGAACCUUGACUGGCCUGAAGCCAUAUGGGAUGCAUGGGUUUCCUUUGAACAGGUCAACGGCACCGUGCAGGACCUUGAAAACGCCCUCGAGCGCAUUCAAAAAGCACAAACUCAGGUCAACGCUAAGCGCGCCAGGGAGGCAGAGAAGGUGCAAGCGGAAAUGGCAGCUGCGCAGCUCAUUUCUGACACUGCCGCGACUGUGGCUGUCGACACUGCCAGGUCUGUACUAAUAGAACCCACAAAUGGCCCAUCUGCUAUGGAUGUCGACACACACAUCGAGGCUGGUUCGAAGAGGAAGGCAGAGGAUGAAGGCGUUCCUGAAGGUAGCAAGAAGGCGAGGGUGGAGGAGCCAGCCAAGCUGAAGCGGGACCGGGAGAACAGCACCGUGUUCGUGGCUGAUCUUCCGGCAGGCGUCAAAGACGACGACCUCGCUACGUUGUUCAGAGACUGCGGCAGUAUUCGGGAGGUCAAAAUCACGCAAUUGCCCAACUCUCUAGUUGCAACCGUGGAAUUCAUGGACAGAGAAAGCGUACCAGCUGCCCUCACCAAGGAUAAGAAGCGGGUGCGCGGCCGAGAGAUUGCGGUCCAUCUUGCUUGGCGGUCAACUCUAUACAUCACCAACUUCCCCGACGGCGCGGACGACACGUUCAUUCGAACCCUAUUUGGCAAGUAUGGGGAGAUUUUCGACGUGCGGUGGCCGAGUAAGAAGUUCAAGAAUACUCGGCGAUUUUGCUAUUUGCAGUUCACUACUCCUUUGUCCGCUGAGUCCGCGCUGGAGCUCAAUGGGACUGACAUGGAUGAUGGACACAAAAUGUCGGUGUACGUCUCAAAUCCGGAGCGUAAGAAGGAGCGCACAGAUAGCGACGCAAAUGAUCGCGAGAUCUAUGUCGCUGGUCUCAGCAAACUUGCGACCAAAGAAGAUCUCAAGAAUGUCUUCAAGACGUACAGCACCGUGAAGGACGUCCGCAUGAUUUUGGAUGACAAGGGAAAGUCGAAAGGGUUCGCUUUCGUGGAGUUCACGAGCGAGGACGACGCAAGAUCUGCUCUUGCUGCGAACAACCACGAGCUAAAGAAGCGUCGCAUGGCCGUUACACUGGCAGACUCGCGCGUCCGCGGGAAGAACAAGGCGCCCGGGUACCGUGCCGAAGUACGCAAUCGCUCUGUUCGCGUUCGCAAUCUUCCGCCUGGGACGCAGGAGGGGCUCCUACAACAGGCCCUCGAGAAGCACGCGCGUGUUCAGCGUGUCGAGGUCUUCCACAACGUCAACGAAGCCGACGUUGAACUUGAAAACGCUGCGGAGGCAGGAAAACUGCUGUUGCGACCAGACGCCAUCAUCUUCAACGGUGCAACACUGCAGAUCACCGCGGCGGAGGGUACGGCUGGUCCUUCAGCCUCGUCGCGCCCCAUGGCACCUCCAGCUGCGAAUGCGGGACUUUUUAUUCCUCGCGCGGCCGUCUCGCGGCCCCGUGCGGGCCUUGGCAGCAAGCAACGCGGGUUGGGCUCGACUCAGGCUGCAAGGCCAGCUGCAGGCUCGUCUGGUAGUGGUGGAGGUACUGCGAAGGGUCAGGACGAUUUCCGCAAGAUGUUGUCGGGUGGAAAGUAG